AUAGUUUACAUAACAGAUAAUACUAAUAUUGUAAAGGAUUAACGGAUGUAAUUAAGAUGUAAUGCAAGUAUUAAUGUUACUUUUGUAGCAAUGCACUUUAAAUUGAUUAGUUAUUCAGACACUGUUUCCUGAGUGAUGAAUAAAAAACCUGAAGACUGAGGAUUGAGAGAAGGGGAGGAGUUGUGAACACGAAUGGAAUAGUAUAAAAUAAUGUGAGACAUGCGUCACUGUGAGGACAGAUAGAAGACAAAAGUGCAGCAACUGCAAUGUGGAAAUCAGGAUUUGUUCUGUUGCUGACUCUUCUUUUUGGGAGUGGCAACUUCUUAACAAUGGAGAGAGGUUUUGAUGUCAGCGAUAUGAAUGGCACUUCGUGGUGCCGUAUGCCUAAAGCGUGUGGUGUGCAUGGCUUCACUGAUUGGUUCAAAGUGGGCCGCUACUGUGUCAAAUACUUCAGCUGGCCUCAGAACUUCACUCAAGCCGAGUUCAAGUGUAGGUCCAAAGCCCCUGGUGCUCAUCUGGUGUCAGUGCAUAGUUACAAGGAGAAUAAUUACUUGCUCUGCAUUGUGAAAAAAUUUAACCCGAAAAACCUGCGCUUCUGGCUCGGAGGCUUUGAAUUCUUUAAGUCUGGUAAAUUUUUUUGGCUUGAUGGAUCCUUCUGGGAUUAUCAAAUUUGGACACGUGGUGAGCCCAACCACAUGUACACCGCCACGGAGGAAUGCGUGGAGAUGAACUGGAAAGAGGUUGGCAGGUGGAAUGACGACUCUUGUAGUGUCAAGAAAAGCUACAUCUGUGCCUUCAAUCGACAUUACAUGUUGGAAAAAGACCUGGAGUAGAUGGAGCAGUUUUAUCUGAGUAUCAUCCCAUUAAACUUAAAAUGAUUUUCUCUGCAUCAACAAAAACUAAAAAAUAAAAAUAAAAACUUCCUUAAAAUAAUAAAGAACUUUUGCAAUU